CCGCGGGCGGGGACACCAUCUCCCAGAGCGCCCCGCGCCGGCCGGCGCCCACCUGCCGGCGCCCACCGGCUCGGAGCUGUCGGGUCUGUUUCCCGUCGGGUGCUGCGGGCUUUUCUCCCUGACGGCUUCUUGGCGGCCGCGACAGCGCGAUGGACAGCCCGGAGGUCACCUUCACGCUGGCCUACCUGGUGUUCGCCGUGUGCUUCGUGUUCACGCCCACUGAGUUCCACUCAGCCGGGCUCACGGUGCAGAACCUGCUGUCGGGCUGGCUGGGCAGCGAGGACGCCGCCUUUGUAUCCUACCACUUGCGCCGCACGUCCGCCACGCUGCUGUGCCACUCGCUGCUGCCGCUCGGGUACUACGUGGGCAUGUGCUUUGCAGCUUCAGAAAAGCAACUCUACUCCCCCAGCCAGGCCCCGGAGACCUGGCGGCUCUUCCUCCUGCUGGCAGUGACCCUGCCCACCGUUGCCUGCACCCUGAUCUACUACUGGUCCUGGGAUCGGUGGGCCUGCCACCCACUGGCCCGCACCCUGGCCCUCUAUGCCCUCCCGCAGUCAGGCUGGUGGGCCGUCGCCUCCUCCGUCAACACCGAGUUCCGGCGGAUUGACAAGUUUGCCACAGGGGCACCUGGUGCUCGCGUGAUUGUGACGGACACGUGGGUGAUGAAGGUGACCACAUACCGUGUGCACGUGGCUCAGCAGCAGGAUGUGCACCUGACCGUGACAGAAUCGCAGCAGCACGAGCUCUCACCAGACUCCAACCUGCCUGUGCAGCUCCUUACCAUCCACGUGGCCAGCACCAGCCCCGCUGUGCAGGCCUUCGACAUCCGGCUGAACUCCACGGAGUAUGGCGAGCUGUGUGAGAAACUCCGCGCGCCCAUCCGCAGUGCAGCCAACGUGGUCAUCCGUCAGAGCCUGGGCGACCUGUUCCUGGAGACAUUUGCUUCUCUGGUGGAGGUCAAUCCGACCUACUCGGUUCCCAGCAGCCAGGAGUUGGAGGCCUGCAUUGGUUGCAUGCAGACGCGUGCCAGCGUGAAGCUGGUGAAGACCUGCCAGGAGGCGGACGAGGGCGAGUGCCAGCAGUGUUACUGUCGCCCCAUGUGGUGUCUCACCUGCAUGGGCAAGUGGUUCGCCAGCCGCCAGGACCCGCAGCGCCCUGACACCUGGCUCGCUAGCCGCGUGCCCUGCCCCACCUGCCGUGCUCGCUUCUGCAUCCUGGAUGUGUGCGCCGUGCGCUGAGCCGGCCGGCUGGGCGAGGGAGUGGCCUUGGGGACCCCACAGCCACCGUGAGGAGCAGCCAGGCCUGCAGGCCCGUUUGUGUUGUCAGCCAAGGGUUCUUUUUCCGGCGUGACGUAGGAGGAGGGUUUUUGUUUAAAAAGGAGGUUUUCUGCUGCAGCUCUGGCAGUGACCGUGGGAUGGGGCUUCUGUGCCUCUGCUUCCUUUGCUUCCUGUUUCACCAGGUGGGACAGGUGCUGGACACAGAAUUCGGUGCGGUGUGGGGCCUGCUUCUGGAGCAUUCUGAGGCCACCUGAGCUGUCUUCUGGGAGACCGGGAGUCUGCCCCUGUGGCUCUACCCUGAACCACUUGCCUUAAUUUUAUGCAGCACACUUGCCUCUUAGUUACGUACCAGACCCAGGUUUAUCUAAACUGGUUGCAGUCUGUCCUCCGGGCUCCCAUCUCCAAGCUGGCUGCUGGCCUUGUGGUGUUGUGUCUCCUCCGCACCCCACCAGGCUGCUCUGAUGAUCUGGGGGAGAGUCUGACGGUGUAGGGAGAGGCCUGGGGUGCAAGUCCAGGGCGAGAGCACUGUCUGGGGCUUCCUGGUGGCUGUUCCUGGAUGGGGUGGCCCCUACCUGCUCCCUGCCUGGGGGAGAUCCUGGGCUUCCUGUUAGAGGCUGGGUGAGGGGCUGGCUUCUCUCAACUCCCGCUCUUUAGUUGCAUGCUUGUGGGGUUGCCUAUCUCUUGGAGAGGCAUGCACCUCCCCGCCUCCUGCUGCCCCCAUGAGUCCAGGGAAAGGCUAAGCUUCAGACUCCUGGUUAGAGGGGGCACUGAGCUGAAGACACACACAGCGACGUCCUACGUCCAGGCAACAAGCUUGUUGGGACACAGCACAGGGCCGGCCAGUAGGGUCCUCCUGUGUCAGAAAGGGAUGUGUGCCUCUUCCCAAUUCCUGGUGGCACAGUUGAGAGGGCAGUCCCGGGCCCAGCUCUGACAGAUGUGGUUGCCGGAGGGGGUCCUUGCUUGGAGCCCUCACAUUCGUAGUCCUAAGCCCCCUAAGCCUGGCUGUUUUAAGCAGCGGUGAUGGACCCAGCCGUUGGACUUGCCCAAGGCCACAUCGGAACCCCAGGGAUUUGGCAGUGGAGGUGGCUCAGUUUUGUGGACCCCCAGGGUACUCUGCAAAUGAAGGCUGGCCAUCAGAGGGGAGGACAAGCCUAGCCUCAGCCAGCCGUUUCCGGUGCUGCCAAAGGAGGGCUAGGUCAGGUUAUUUUUAUUACAAAAGAAAGUUACUUAGUUUUAUAAAGAUAAACGUAUUGUAGCUAAGCGAUACGGUAUUUAAUAAAAUGAUAGUCUGAAAACAUACCGA